GAAAAUUGCGCAUUAAUUCAUGAUAAAAUACUUUGCUGAUAUAACAAUCGCGUUGCUACGAAGCAACGUUACUCUUUUUUAACAUUCGCCCACGAGCGUUUUGUCAAAAUACCUGUAAAAAUUGAAAACAAAAUAUUGUGUCAGAAAUCCGAGACGCUAUUGUUGUUUUUUGCCUCAUAAUUUCGCACGUCAUCAAUUCGCAAAUAAUAAAAAGUGAAUAAAAAGUUGGUAAUCGCAAGAAAUUUGUUUAUGGACGCUUCGAUGAGAGGGAGCCUGAAUGCGAAUCGCAACUCGGCAACUCGUAAUUCAGUCAAAGAUGGCCGUUGUCGACCGAAUACUCUGGUGUAUUUGCGUAGGAUAAAAGAAAGAAAUGUGUUUUACGCUUGUUAAUUAACGUGAUAUAAUUGAUUAUAGAGAUCAGUUAACUGAAGGAUAACCGUCGUGUCCGUCCAAAGGAAUGCUUGGUUGACAAGAACCAAAAAAACAAAGUGAACAGGAAUCUUUGCAGAAGUCAAAAAAAUGCAGAAUUUUGACGAUCUUGACAUCGAGGGUCGCAAUCCUUCUCAGCUCUCUGAAGAGGAACGCGAGAAGGAAGAGCACAAUCGUAAGAAAUUGAUGCGCAGCAGUGUAACGGCAGAGGAUGGAACAUUAAGGCCGGUUUAUUCGUUAACCGAUGACGACGACAUAUGGUGUCACAUAUGUAAUAUCGCAUUGUUCGGAAAGCACAAAUUGUUGAGUCACAAUAUGUGCAAACGUCAUAAAUUGAAACUCGAACGUUGGCCUUAUUCUGUGUCGCUGUGGUCAAAACGCACCGACACAAGUUCAACUCCUAGAAGGAUCAACGCUAAUCCAACUGAGAAUGUCCUGCCUGCUGCAGAAACUGUGGCACCUGGCGAACCGGUUCCACCCGGUAUGGAAGACCAAUUGAUGAGCAGAUCGACCACCAUUCAAGUCAGUCUCGAUCGACACCGAACUUCGCCCCUCGUUGGACUCGAAUAUCUUCUUGAACUCGUCGAUAAUGAGUCGUGCGAGCCAAGCUAUACGUGCAUACUUUGCGACAAACGUGGCGAUCCGAGAUCAGUGAUGGAACAUCUUAUCAGUUAUAAUCAUCGCAUAACUUAUCUCAAUCGACAUUUUCCCACUGUUUCAAGAGCCAUCACCGAAUUUCCACGUACGCCAAAUUACAAACGCGGUGCUAACGAGAUUUCGUUGCUCGUCGCGAAAAAGAUCGAAGAGGUUUUUGGUCGCUUGCAACCCCAAUUGGUCGAAAAAUAUCAAUUCGAGAAAAACAAGAUGCAGUAUAUCAAAAGAGUCUAUGAAGAUUAUCACUUUAGGGAAAGACCAGACAGAACAUUUAUGGAAUGUUACGAUGUGAGAUGGAUGACGAACUUUGACGAGAUGAUGGCUGAAAUGUCGGGCGGAGGGAAAAAAGAAGAUGCGCAGCCACGAUUCAAUAAGCUCGAGCAUUUGUAUCAGCACGACGAUAAUCCAGAAGCACGUGUUAAUUCGGAGGAAAACAUGAAGAAAGAUGGGCAUAAAACCGAUGCUGAACACUUUUCGAAGAAGAUUGAAACGAAGGACAAAGAAAAAGCGGGAUGGAAGAUCCGAAUAUUGACGAAAGAAAAAUUAAAUGCUCGAAAGAUGGACAAAAGCGAGGAAAAGUCGAAGACCGCUGCUCCGAUCCGACCCUCCGACGAUACAAAAUCUCUGUCCUCGUUAUCCAGUAUUUCUAGCAGCCCUUCACCCUCUCGUUCGCGAUCGCGUUCGCGUAGCCGAGAUCGUCGGAGUGGUAACGCGGGUUCGGUAACCGGAGGAGAUCGGCGCAAGUGUCGCGAUCGUUCGCGUUACAGUCGUUCGCGUUCUCGUUCGCAUUCUCGAAGGCCACUGCGGGAGCGUGACAUGUGGGAAAAGUAUCGUGAGUUGAUAAAACGUUCGGAGGAGACGCUCCAGCGAGCGCUCAAGUUCCACGAGAAAAAUCCGGAGAAGCAUCCGUCUUAUCCGGACGAAUGGAAGAAAUUUUGGAAUCGUCGCUACAAGGAAUUGCAAGCGGAUGGAAAGGAUCCGAGCAAGCAUGACUUUAAGCCUGAAUGGAUUGAAUUUUGGAACAAACGCAUGCGCGAGAUACACGCCGAGGAGUUGCAGCAGAGAAAGGAGGAGAUAAGGAAACGCCUCGAACUGCCGGAAGAUCGGCCGCCGGUCGAGAAACUUACAAAACCAGAAAAACUCGAGAGAGUUGAAAGAGCCGAAAAGAACGAAAGCAAAACUGAGAAAUCCGAGAAGUGGUUGGCUGGCAGAGCGAGCAGUCGCGAAAACCGCGAGACUUCGCCGUCCUCGAUCAAACGCUCUCGUCAUCACGUCGAGAGCGACGACGAUGUCGAGUACGUCGGUACUACGAAAACUAUAAAAACGACGGAAUACAUCGAUCGCCAUGAGCCGAUGAGAGAGCGGGAUUACGGUUACACGUACACACGUGGAAAAUCCGGAAUUUACAGAACAUCUUAUUAUCCUCCAAGCAGAGUUCUGAUACCUUCGCGUCCUCGACAUUACCCAACCUCUUAUCUUAAAGAAAAGUCACCGAGUCCACCGCCAAAAGAGGAGUUGCUGCGAGAGGAUCUCGAGAUCGUAGGUCUUCUGCGUUUACUGACAGCGCUGGAAGGUCAACUCGGAUCGUUAGGUCCGAAGAUCGUGACAUUGCUAUCGCGUGCUCUCGCAGCGGAGAAAGCUCAGCCGAAUUCAGCCGAAGAUUUGCUCAAUGACGAGGAAGUUUGCGUCCUCUUUGAGACGGUGAAGGAGAAGUUGAAAGGGCAACUUUUCGCCGGCAUGAUAGAGAAAGUAGCGAUAGCACCGACCAAAUCGGCUAUACAAAAUAUCGCCAAGUUGCUUCACAAGGCUUCGGAGACCAAGAGAAAAGUGGAACAAUUAUUGAAGCAGCAGAUGCAGGAAGAAGAGGAGAAAAGGAAGAGACGUGAAAUGGAAUUGACAAGGCCGCUGAUCACCUCGUUCGCUAAUUCCUCUCGAACGAUUUUUCAAAGAGUCGGAGAUGCUUCGAAGCUGCGCUCGGAGCCGGUCAGUGUUCCUGGGGUUGGAGCCGUCGACAAAAUCGCGAUAGCUAAUCAAAUCGCCGCAGCUCUCGUGGCGCAGGGACGGACAAAUGUGUCUCAGGAUGAGCUCGAGACUCUUAUAAACGCUGUAGUUGGCAUGGCCGAGGCUUCGCAGCACAGCGAUAAACCGAUAACGGCGGCGAGCUUCGUCAAAGGAUUAACCGCCGGAAAGCAGGGAACCCCAACGGAAGUUUCCGCCGUUGGGAGUUCGACGGCUGCGUCGAUAGCUACAAAAGUGCUAGAAGUUUCGCCGAUUGCGACGACGGCUCGUGCCGGUACUCCGGGACUUGGAACGACCAAAGCUCCGUCCCCGGAUCCACCGGUUGUGCAGAAACCUCGAGAAGAGAGAGCAUCUUCGUCGCAGCGUAGAGACAGUUCGCCGACUCGCCAGAGAGAAUCGACGAGUCAUCAGAGAGAAAUAGGCUUUGGUAAUCAGCGAGAAACUAACGAUCGUCCGAAAUCAUCGAGAAUGGAAAGUUUGUCGGACAACGACCUUAAAACCCUCUUGCAAAACUUCAAGGACCUCGGCACCGAUGAGCAACACGGAUUAAUCAAUUUUUUGAAAAAAUUGGAAGCCACAGAUUUGCCUCGAGUGGAAAAGCUCCGGGGUUACGUGAAUCUCGGUACACCAUCGACGAAAAGAGAGCCAACCCCGUCGAGGGAGCCGUUGUUGAAUCGCAGCCAACAUCCGAGAGGAGGCAGAAGCGUGUCACCCUUUUCGUCCCGUAAAAUCAACCAAAAUCCAUCCGACGAUGAAGAAAAGUGGAAACCGAAGCUCGAUAUGUUUGCCGAUGACGAAGCAGAAUUGAAGCAACAACAUCAGAGGCAACAACAGCAGCAACAGCCCCAAGAAAGUGGUAAGCGACCAAAAGCUAAAGUCGAUCUUUCCGACGACGACGAUGAUUACUCUUUCGAAGAUAUUUACAAAGCAGCUGAUAAAAACGUGAGCGAAAGUGAAAAAGCAAGAAGAAAAAAAUCAUCGAGAUCACGUUCCAAUUCUUCGCGAUCUUGGUCUCGUUCGAGAUCCCGAUCACCAACAAGAUCGAGAGUUUCACCUUCGUCGAAGACGCGAGACGAAGGCAACAGCGAUCCAAACGCUAUACUCAACGAAACUAAACGACUCAUAGCGAACAUAAUGGGCGAUUUGCCGAACAAAUACGUCGUUAAAUCACACGCAGCUCCUAGGCUCGAUAACGUCGAUACCAGUCUCCCAAUCCCACCAAUUCCACAGCUUCCGAUACCACAACAAAAUCUUUAUAACUCUAAUUACCAGAAUGACUCAACUCUACAAAAACAGCAACAAGCGAUGGCCGGACAAUCUUCUUCGUCAAUGGCUUAUCAGCAAAUGAGCAAUCAAUUUGCUUCUUAUCAACAGCAGCAGCAGCAGCAGCAGCAGCAGCAGCAGCACCACCAACAACAACAGCAACCACAAAACAACUUCAAUCCUAAUUCUGGGGCUUUCAUGAACAAUGGUUAUAAUUAUAAUCAAUCGUAUGGUAAUAUGCCAAACAUGAUUCCUAACAAUCAAGCACAACAAUCUUACGCUGCUGCACCCAUGCAGAAUAAUCAGUACGGACAACAGCAACAAACUUUGCAACAACAACAGCAACAACAGCAACAGAUGUACGGGGUCGGGCCCCCGCAAUAUGGUGCACCAAACACCGGUCCUCCUAUCGGUUACCCUCAACAACAGUAUGGAAAUUAUCCUCAACAAAGAUUUUACUGAAUUCAUGUUUAAAUUCAUACUGAAUUCAUGAUCAUUGAUCCAAUCAAACAGAUUGCGUGAUCCAUUUUUUUUAUAUACUGUGAACAUAUAAGUUAACGUCGCCAGAAUUGAUUAUGAGGAAGAUACGUUGUGAAAUUCAUUGGUUACAAUCAGCAGUGUUUGUGCAAAAGGUGAUGAAACAACAACAACUCUAUUUUACAUAAACCACUCCCCUGUUUCUGGUGAACUUCGACAGUUUUGUUUUCGUGAUCAUUCGAAACUUGCCAUUUUCGAAGCAAUCGAUAAAUGCUUUUUUUUUUAUUGUUCGUCCUAUUUUACGAUGAGACUAGAGAUCAUCGUAUUUUAUGUAGAUUCAUAUUAUUGAAUAAAGGCAAAAACAAAUAUAA